AUGGGCAUCUGCAUCUCCUCCAAUUCCAUCUCCGCCUCCGCCCCCUCCGCAACCGUAAUCGCCGCCACCGGAGAGCUCAUCCGCCUCCCCCUCCCCGCAACCGCCUCCGAGGCGCUCCAAUCCCUAAAUUCCCCCCCGAAUUCCUUCUUCCUCUGCAGCUCCGACCGCCUCUACUUCGACGACUUCAUCCCGCCGCUCUCCCCCGCCGACCGCCUCGACGCCGCGCAGAUCUACUUCGCCCUCCCCGCGGCCAAGCUCCGCUACCGCCUCUCGGCGCCCGAGAUGGCGGCGCUGGCCGUGAAGGCAAGCGCCGCGAUGGAUCAGAUCGGGCGCCGGAAGAAGAAGAAGGCGCGGAUCUCGCCGGCGGAGGAGGAGGAUCCGCAGUCGAAUCACUCAGUUACGUAUCGGAAGAGCUUCGGCGGCGGUGAGAAGAAGGCGGCGGCGGUGUCGAGAUCGGGAUCGCUGAGGAAGCUAGGGAGAUACUCUUCGCGGCGAGCUAUGCAGGCGGUUAGAUCGUUUAAGAAUAAGCUCUCCACCAUUAACGAAGCUUGA